AGCAAUCGGUUAAAUCGUCCUCAGGUAGGCCCUGGUUGUAACAGCACACGGAGUCAAGGACUGCAUAUUUUUGGACAGCAUGAGGGCGUGUUACAGUAAUCGUUCACACGUGUACCACUGGGAAUCAAGAUAAAGAUGCGACCAGUAAAGGAAUUAGCAGAUGUUGUUAUUAAGCUUGAGGUUCUAGAAGAUAUAGUGGAGCAGAUUCAAGGUAUCAUUGUGAAUAUACAAAGUGUGAUAAAGAAAUGCUCAACAUGGGUUGAUGAAACAGACAACUCAACAUAUGAAGACAUCAAACAAAUGUUGGUCACCAAAACUUGUUAUUUUAUUCAGACACUCUUUCAAAUGGCGUUGGAAAGAAACAGCAAACUAUCUGAGUCAGUAAUUACUGAGGAGCAAAUGAAAAAUGUAUCUGAAAUUCAAACCAUGGAAGAUGCUGGCUUGGGCAUUAAAGAAACUUUUGAUUACCAAAAAUUAGAAGAGAAACUAACAGAUAUGUCUACAAGUGUAGAGUCAUACAAAGAUAUGGUUGAGAUCUUGCAAGAAAAGAACAAAGUUCUUGAAAAAAACUUCAAAAGAAUAUCAAAACAAAACAAAGCGAAUGGAAACAUCUGUGCUGAACAUUAUCAAGAGAUAAUGGAAGAAUUGUCAGUAGCUAGUAGGUUCAUGUCAAACUUAAAGGACGAGAAAAUAAAUCUAAGCACAGCAUUGACAGAACAGAAUAAAAAGAUGGAGAAUGUUUCUGAGAAAGUCAACAAAUCAAUAGAAAUAGUCUCUGAGUUUGCCAUGAAUCUACAUCUUCUAGAUGAGUUUGAAGAACAAAACCUAAAACUUAUCGACGACUGUGCUAAACUUCAAGUCACUUUAGAAGUAAAGGAGGCUGAAAACAGAAAACUGACGGAGGAAAUAGGCUUAUUACCAAAAGAAUUUCUAGAAAAAUUCAAAAGGUCCUUGAAAGAUGCCUACGCGUCAGGUAUCAACUUGAUAUUAGUUGGACCAACUGGACAUGGCAAAAGUGCAGUGGGAAACUCCAUACUUCAAAAGCAGUGUUUUCAAACCACUUUGUACACGGAGCAUGUAACUAAAACAAUGCAACGUGCUGUAGGAAAGUACAAAGACCUAUCUUUGAGAGUUUUUGAUUGGCCAGGUUUUUGUUUGGAAAAUAAUCAACAGAAUAGAGAUGCCUCUCUGAUUUCUUGCCAAUACAAUCUACUAGUAAGAUAUUCCGAAAAUGUUUGUGUGAUCCUCGUUGUUGUUAAAUUUGGUUACGAUAUAACCCAGGAAGUUAUUAAUUUCUUUGAUAGUAUUAAGUCAACAGUCAACCAGAACAUUUUUAAAGAUUAUGGGAUAUUAAUUAUGACAAGAGGGGAUGUAUUGAAACAAAACACAGAGGAAGCCAUGUCAUUUCAAGAUUGGCUGCAACGUCAAGAAGGCUGUUUGAAAGAAUUUUUGACCGAAUUUAACGGGAGAGCACUCUUGUUUGACAACAUUUCAAAGGACGCAGACGUACAAAAGAAACAACUAGAUGAUCUAAAGAGUAUGAUUGAUAAGAUGAUACUUUUUAAGACUUUUGUGUCUAAUCCAUGAACUUUAAAAAUGUUAUAGGAAAUUAGAUUAUAAAUUAUUAAUUUAUUUAAAAUCCAUGUAUUUUCGAAGAUACAUAGUUUUGCCUUGUACAGUGUAAUGCUUGUAAAUGACUUUUUAAUUGUUAUUUUAGUGUACUGGUUAAGCUUAUAAAGAAUUUGCAUAUAGAAAUUGUACACUUUAGUUACAGACAGAAGAAAUAGUGACAUAACCGCAUAUACUUUUUUAACUAUAAAAUAAACGUCCCUAGUUUUAGAAAACAUUCGGAUGCCUAUUUGUGAUUUAAAUGUUAUGGUGUUGUCGGAUGUACAGUUGUGUAGACUUUUGUAUUUUGUCAUAGGAAAGUUACCUUUUUUAUAGUUCCAUGAAACUCACAAUAUGAAAAGGGGAAAAUCGUCGGCUUCACAUAUUCCUCUAUGUUUUGUGUUGUUAACACUAUCAAUGUUUACUUUAUGUCUUUUAAAGUAGCGUAACAUCGGCAAGUUUUUAGGGGAUUCUGUACAAGCACAAUAGAGAAACACGAUGCUGAAUACAAUAUUAUUAAGUUAAAUAUACUCAAGCUCAAU